AUGCCACUGGAUGCAAAUGAUCGCAAGCCAUCACAAUCGUUAGUGAUCUAUUGUGAAUCUCGGAACGAGGUUGGUUGUGAUUGUGAAUCUCAGAAUCCAGUAGGUUGCGAUACUUGGAAGACAGCACAUCCUCAGAUAAUCAGUUACGAAUCAAAGAGGCUAGCAGACUCACCUAAGAUUAUUUGCGCCCCUCAGAUGCGAAAGUUACUAGUUGAUCCUAAAAAAUAUUUGGAUUGGAAGGAGAAGAUUGAAGAAAGUUUUGAUUCCAAAGGGUUAAGUGAUGAGAUAAGAUGUAAAAAUGUUAUUCUCAGGUUUAAUGGAGGAACAUCCAUUUGGUAUGAAGGACUGAAAGCUAGAAGAACUCGUAAAGAAGAAAAGAAGAUCUCUUCAUGGGAAUCUUCAAAGCGUAAACUCAGAUAA